CAGACCGUACUCUUUAACUGCCCAUAAAACACAGCAUCCAUUGAAUCAGUGCAAAGUGUGCUCGGUAACAAUUGCUGAGUAACUCGUUUACUCGUGUCUGCUAUCAAGGCUUGACACAGUUUAAGCGACUCUGUUCUCCCACUGCCCGAAAAUAGCUUGUGUCUAGCGCGGCUGCGCGGCGCUGUAUUUGCCACGUCCAGUUUGACUGGGAGAGAUUUCCUUGUCAGAACUCUGAGGAAUUGGGGCCCUAAACAUCAUCAUCCAGUCCAGGAAAGCAACAUCCCAGGAACGCAGACACAGUGUGCAGGCAACCUGAAGUGUGAGCACAAUGAACGGGCAGCUGGACCUGAGUGGGAAACUGAUUAUUAAGGCUCAGUUAGGGGAUGACAUUCGCCGCAUCCCCAUCCACAAUGAGGACAUUACAUACGAUGAGCUGGUGCUGAUGAUGCAGAGGGUUUUCAGAGGAAAGCUGCAGAGCAAUGACGAGGUCACCAUCAAAUACAAAGAUGAAGACGAUGACCUGAUUACAAUUUUUGAUAGCUCAGACCUUUCCUUUGCUAUUCAGUGCAGCAGGAUACUGAAGCUAACUCUCUUUGUAAAUGGACAACCAAGGCCUCUGGAGUCUAAUCAGGUGAAGUACCUUCGACGAGAGCUAAUCGAACUUCGAAACAAAGUGAACCGUCUGCUUGACAGCUUGGAGCCGCCUGUAGAGCCAGGACUCUUUGCCAGCAUUGCAGAAAACGAGGCAGUAAAUGGAAGGGAAGGGAAGUCUGUGCCUCCUGACUCCACCGUCAAACAGCCAGUCCCAGUUAGUGCUGCCAGCAUGUCUGCCUUUGACCCCCUGAAAAAUCAAGAUGAAAUUAGCAAGAAUGUAAUUUCCUCGUUUGGGCUGACAGAGGACCAAGUCUCGGGCCCUCCUAGUGCUCCAGCGGAGGAGCGGUCAGGCACACCUGACAGCAUCGCUUCAUCGUCUUCCGCUCCCCACCACCCUGGGAUCCAGUCACAGCAGCCACCCUAUGCUGGAGUGCAGCCCCCAGCAGCACAGAUGGAAGGUCAGAUGUACCAGCAGUACCAGCAGCAGGGUGGCUAUGCUCCCCAGCAGCCCCAGGCCCAGCCACAGCCUCAGCAGCAGUAUGGAUUGCAGUACUCUGGUUACACUCAGCAGGCAGGCCCUCAACAGACGCCCCAGCAACAAUUCCAAGGCUACAACCCGCCAACAUCGCAGGCUGCUGCACCUGCCCCUGGUUUUGCAGGGCAGCCCCAGCAACUGCCAUCCCAAGCUCCACAGCAGUAUCCAGCGGGCUCCUUCCCUCCACAGAACUACACCACACAAGUCUCUCAGCCUGCUAACUACAACAUGCCCCCAGCCUCCCAGACAGGCAUAGCCCCCAACCAGCCAGGCGGAGGUUACCAGCCCCGACCAGGCUUCACACCACCUCCAGGUAGCACAGUGACCCCCCCACCAAGCAGCGCAAACCCCUAUGCACGCAAUCGCCCCACUUUCGGGCAAGGCUACACCCAGCCAGGCCCUGGUUACCGGUAAAACCCCUCCUCCAGUCUGCCUAUAGAGCUGCUCAAGUAAUCCUUUCCAUCCUGAUACAGUAAUCAAGCAACAAUAUACAUUGUUUGUUUUUUGGAUAAACUUAAAAAGUGGAGCAAAUGUUGUUUUCAAAUUCAAGUAAAUACAUACAAAAUAUACGUUGUUUCUGCUAAUGGAAAGACCAAAUAGGGUUUAUUUUUUUGUUUUGAAAUGUAUUGGUAUCAUAAAUAAAUACAAAAACAGUUUUUUGGAACACUACCUAGAUAGAUGCUAAAAUCGAAAAUAACGAGAGUUGUAGCCUGACUUGUCUGAUGGAUAUUAACUUCUUAGCUUGAAGAUUAGAUCAUGGAUUUCUUUUUUCUUUUUUUUGACUUGGUUUUUACUAAUACCAGACUGUUGAUUCAUGAUCCCAUGCUGUAGGGACAUUGUGUUCUGUAAAAAUUGUUUUCUUGGAAAGCUAAUAAAGGUAAUGAGAUUCA